AUGACGGAGUGUGAUGGCUGCCUGAAAGACUGUUUUAGCAAAAAUAUCAACAAACCAGUAAGUUGCCUGAUGAUAGGAGGCAAAUGCCUGGGUCUGGGCAAGGGCACACCUCUUAAGAAUGGCAGUUGUAGAGUUUCUUACCUCACAUGCUGCAAAAUAGUAUAG